UAUAAAUAUUCACGCAUGUGAUUUUGUGGUCAAAUGUCAAAAUUAAAAUUUUAAAACAAUAGCUAAAAUAUAUUGUGUUAUUUUUGAAUUGUAGGCGCAUUAAUCAGUAAACUGAUGACGAUAAAAGACUAACCUUUUUUUUGAAUAUAAAAUAAAUAAGAUAUAGAAAUAAAGAAGAAAAAAAUGAACGUCAUGAAGUCCUUUCGCGAAACACUUUUAAAUUCAAAACAUGUUCUAAUUUUGAGUGGAAGUGGUAUUUCGGCAGAAUCUGGAAUUCCAACUUUUCGUGGAGCUGGAGGUUUUUGGAGAAAAUAUAAAGCUGAAAAUCUUGCUACACCUGAAGCUUUUGCGUCUAAUCCAUCUUUGGUUUGGGAAUUUUAUGAAUAUCGACGAACUGUUGCAGCUCAGGCACAACCAAAUAAAGCACAUGAAGCAAUUGCGGAAUUUCAAAAAAGAUUAAAAAAGGAUAAUAGAAUUGUUUCCAUUGUAACACAAAAUAUAGAUGGACUUCAUCAAAAAGCAGGUGCUGAAAACGUUGUCGAACUUCAUGGUUCUCUUUUAAAAACUCAAUGUACAAAGUGCAAAACAGUCGAAAAAAAUGAAUGUAUACCAAUUUGUCCUGCUUUAGAAGGAAAGGGAUCUCCUGAUCCAAAAGCACAAUCAUCUGAUAUACCUGUAAAAGAUUUACCCAGAUGUAAUAAUUGUGGUGGUCUUCUAAGGCCUCAUAUUAUUUGGUUUGGUGAAAACCUUGACCAGCAAGUUUUAUCAAAGGCUUAUGAUGCUGUUGAAUCAUGCGAUGCUUGUUUAGUUAUUGGAACUUCGUCAGUGGUAUAUCCCGCAGCAAUGUUUGCACCUCAAGUUGCCCAACGAGGUGUUUCAGUAGCUGAAUUUAAUAUUGAAACUACUCCUGCAACUCGAGAUUUCCAAUAUCAUUUUGAUGGACCAUGCUCCGUUACAAUUCCUGAGGCAUUAUCUCCUUAGUAAUAAUUUUAAGUCUAUUUUUUUUACAGUAAAACCUCUCAUGAUAAAAAGAAUAGAAAAUCAAUUUUUACAAAUUGAUUAAAUAUUUAAUGUUUUUAAAAAAAUUAAAUUCUAAAAAAUUGACGAAGGUUUUAUUAAAUAUUUAUUCAAGACAGGCAAUUUUUAAAUAUAUUUUAUUUAGAUAAUUAUGAAAAAUAGGAUCAUAGAAUGUUUUACUUUUAUUGACUUGUAAACAUGAAAAAACAUUUAUUUAUACUUUUCGCAAGGAAUGGGGAAAUAAAGGAAUCAUUGUUAUAUGAUUUGUUUUUAUCAAAUAUUAUAUUGAAUAGAUUAACCACAAUGAAGAAAAUAUACAGUAUACAGACAAUGGUUUCAAGAAAGGAAACAAUAAAAUAAAUGCGUUUCCUACCUUAAAAGGUAAUUGCAAAGUUUGGGAUAUAAAAGUUUACAGAUUUCGUUUCUUUUUCGGAUCGUUCCUAAAAUAAAGCGCAAUAUAGAUUUGUCGCAUACAUAUUGUCAUAUACACGUAGAUCUCUUUCUUACGUGUUUCAACAGUUACCAAUAAUAAUAUUUUUUUUUUUUUUUUUUUAUAAAUGACAAACAAAGGAUUUGAAAUUACAUAUACAAAAAUUUCAAGGAUUUAAAUAAAAUAUACUCAAUACUCUUCUUGGCAGUAUUUUAAAUAUUUCAAUUGAUACAAAAUAUAUGUAUAUCGAUGCGUAUUUCAAAAACACGCCAUUUUUAAAUCUAAUAUACAUUUUGUAUAUUGGAUUGAAUAAAAACCUAUGUAUUUGAAAUACAGCCCGCCCCGUUGACGGUAUUCUACUGAUCUGAUGUUUCAGCGUUCGUUUGAAGCAUCGUCAGUAAUUUUAUAUAUAGAAAAAGAUAUGAACCGCAAAGCGUCUACGGAGAUAAACGUAUGAAAAGUACGAAGAAAUUGUUAAGUUCGUGGGCAGAGAACAUUCAAAAAGAAAAAAAAAGGAAAACUUAACGAAAAGGCGUUUUUUUUUAAAAACAAUUCAUUCUCAUAUAAUAUCAUUCAUUAGGCAGAAUUCCUUCGCUACUUUUAUCCAUUUACAGCAUUUACACCGUUUACAAUUCGUAAAUACGUGAGCACGUACGUCUAAUGUUCUUUCAUAAUGAUACAAUAGUUCGUACGUUCCCUCGUGACGAAAAAAACGGCUAGACAUAUCGUUUACGAUUACCUAAUACGCUUAGCUGGCUGAUAUCAAUAGUAAUAUACCUAUAUGUAUUAACAUAUGUUUUUUUUUUUUUUU